AUGUCUAGUCAAGGAUAUUCUCGGCUGGUAAACGAUCCUUCGGCAUCAGAUACGUUUGUAGCAAAUUCUUUUCAACAGCAAGAGGUAAGUUCACAUUCUUUUUACUAUUUCUUUUGUUUAGAAGAUUGUAAAUGAACAAGAUGAAGAUUUGGAGAAGGUAGCAGCCAGUAUGUCAACUUUAAAACACAUGUCCAGCAGGAUAGGGGAAGAAUUGGAGGAGCAAUCAGAGUAUGUUAUGUUAUACUAACUGUUUUUAAGGAGACUUGGGAAUAUUCAAGAUUUAACAGGGAAAAUAAUUGUUUUGUGAUUGGAAAUUGUUGUCAUAAUUAGAAUAUAGUUUAAUUUAUAUUAUUUGUGGGUUUUCAGGUUACUGGACGACUUAUCCUCCGCCAUGCAUCGGACACAAGCACAGAUGGACACAGUAAUGAGGAAGUUGGCUAAAGUAACGGGAAUGGACGACGAUGGGAGACAAUGGAAAGCUAUAUUCGUGUUGAUUGGGUUGUUCUUCUUUCUACUUAUGAUCUUGGUUGCGUUUUAA